AAGACGCUACCGCCAACACACUCCAAAAAGGCACCGUGCACUUUUUUAUCCUUAUCAAAAUCUAGGAGCCGUGAUUACAGAGAACACAGACAACGGGACAAGCUGUUUAGACUACUGAGAGAAAGCGCAUGCAACUGUCCGACUACAGACCUCGCUGGUGUGAUGGACUUUUGAUUGCAACUCGCUGAAAAAAAACAACGAAUUGAAGGACUUUCUUUUGGUGCACUGGCAUUCGGAAGGCUGAUGAUUUAAUUCGGUGACCUCAUUACGCAUGUGCCCCGAGCACAAAUAACAAGCUUGUUUGUUAUUUUACAAUAAAUAUACAGAUUUUUUUCUCUUAAUAGUUUUCUUUCUUCUCUAAAAUUGGCUCCCGUACAAACAGCCGCGUUGGAUCCCUCGGGUUACUGCGAGACUCCGGUAUACAAUCCGGAUCUCUGCCCAAAUAUGAUAGCUGCCCAAGCUAAACUGGUAUACCAUCUCAACAAAUAUUACAACGAGAAAUGCCAGUCUCGCAAGGCAGCCAUCUCCAAGACCAUCCGAGAGGUGUGCAAGGUGGUGUCGGAUGUCCUGAAGGAGGUGGAGGUUCAGGAGCCGAGAUUCAUCAGCUCCCUGAGCGAAAUGGAUAACCGUUUCGAGGGUCUGGAGGUGAUCGCUCCGACAGAGUUCGAAGUGGUCCUCUAUCUAAAUCAGAUGGGAGUGUUCAACUUCGUAGACGACGGCUCCCUUCCGGGCUGCGCCGUGCUAAAGCUCAGUGACGGCCGCAAGAGGAGCAUGUCUCUGUGGGUCGAGUUCAUCACCGCGUCCGGUUACCUCUCGGCACGCAAGAUCCGCUCCCGGUUUCAGACGCUCGUGGCCCAGGCCGUUGAUAAGUGUAGUUACAGAGAUGUGGUCAAAAUGGUCGCAGACACGAGUGAGGUGAAGUUACGCAUUAGGGACAGAUACGUGGUCCAGAUUACCCCAGCUUUCAAAUGCACGGGGAUAUGGCCACGCAGCGCGGCUCACUGGCCUCUGCCCCACAUCCCUUGGCCGGGUCCCAACCGGGUCGCAGAGGUAAAAGCCGAAGGUUUCAACCUCUUAUCUAAGGAAUGCUACUCGUUAAACGGUAAGCAGAGUUCGGCUGAGAGCGACGCCUGGGUCUUGCAGUUCGCAGAGGCCGAAAACCGCCUCCUUUUGGGAGGAUGUAGGAAGAAAUGUCUGUCGGUUCUGAAAACACUGCGUGACCGUCACCUUGAACUCCCCGGGACGCCGCUCAACAACUACCACAUGAAAACUUUGGUCUCAUACGAGUGUGAAAAGCAUCCCCGGGAAUCGGACUGGGACGAAAACUGUCUCGGGGAUCGACUUAACGGAAUUUUAUUGCAACUUAUUUCGUGUUUGCAGUGCAGGAGAUGUCCCCAUUAUUUUCUACCUAACUUAGACCUUUUCCAAGGAAAACCGCAUUCCUCCCUGGAAAACGCGGCCAAACAGACUUGGCGACUGGCAAGAGAAAUUCUAACCAACCCUAAAAGCUUGGAGAAACUCUGAGGUAAAAUCAUAACAACAUGUUUGUACAAAAUGUGCACUAUAUUGUGGACUAUUCGCUAGUCCAGAGGCCUAGACGAAGUUUA